CAGCCCCGCACCCCCAUGGCCGACCUGCGGCCUAGCGGCGCCCCCGGCCCCGCCGCCGCCCCCGCCUUCGCCCCGCUCUUCCCCCCGGGACUGCACGCCAUCUACGGGGAGUGCCGCCGCCUCUACCCCGACCAGCCCAACCCGCUGCAGGUCACCGCCAUCGUCAAGUACUGGUUGGGUGGACCGGAUCCUUUGGAUUAUGUUAGCAUGUACAGGAACCUGGGCAGCCCAGCAGCCAGCGUCCCCGAACACUGGCAUUACGUCAGCUUCGGCCUGAGCGACUUGUACGGAGAUAACAGAGUCCACGAAUUUACAGGAACGGACAGGCCGAGUGGCUUUGGCUUCGAGUUGACAUUUCGGCUGAAGAGAGAAUCAGGAGAGUCAGCGCCUCCCACCUGGCCAGCGGAACUGAUGCAGGGCCUGGCCAGAUACGUCUUCCAGUCAGAAAACACAUUCUGCAGUGGAGACCAUGUGUCCUGGCACAGUCCGUUGGAUAACAGCGAAUCGAGAAUCCAGCACAUGCUGCUGACUGAAGAUCCUCAGAUGCAACCAGUGCAGACGCCGUUUGGGGUGGUCACUUUCCUCCAGAUUGUCGGUGUUUGCACAGAAGAGUUGCACGCAGCCCAGCAGUGGAACGGGCAGGGCAUCUUGGAGCUGCUUCGAACUGUCCCUGUAGCUGGGGGACCUUGGCUGAUAACUGAUAUGCGGCGAGGAGAGACGAUAUUUGAGAUUGAUCCACACCUGCAACAGGAGAGAGUGGACAAAGGGAUAGAGACAGAUGGUUCCAACCUAAGUGGCGUCAGCGCCAAGUGCGCUUGGGACGACCUGAGCCGGCCGCCCGAGGAUGAUGAGGACAGCAGGAGUAUCUGCAUCGGGACACAGCCCCGGCGACUGUCUGGCAAAGACACGGAACAGAUCAGGGAGACCUUGCGGAGAGGACUCGAGAUUAACAGCAAGCCUGUCCUACCUCCAAUCAGCACCCAGCGGCAGAACGGCUUGAACCACGACCGGGCACCGAGUCGCAAGGACAGUUUAGAGAGCGAGAGCUCGGCAGCUAUCAUUCCUCACGAGCUAAUCCGCACAAGGCAGCUGGAGAGCGUGCAUCUGAAAUUCAACCAGGAGUCUGGGGCACUGAUCCCGCUCUGUCUAAGGGGCAGAUUGUUACACGGACGGCACUUUACCUAUAAAAGUAUUACGGGGGACACAGCCAUCACGUUUGUUUCCACCGGAGUGGAAGGCGCUUUUGCCACAGAGGAGUAUCCCUACGCAGCGCACGGACCCUGGUUACAAAUCCUCUUGACAGAAGAGUUUGUAGAAAGAAUGCUGGAAGACUUAGAAGAUUUGACUUCGGAAGAAUUUAAACUUCCAAAGGAAUACAGCUGGCCUGAAAAGAAACUGAAAGUCUCCAUUUUACCCGAUGCAGUGUUUGACAGCCCGCUGCACUAGAGCCGAAUUCCACCCUCCCGACGGCGGGCAGGCGGACCAGCCCAGCCCAGCCCGCUCCCUUGCUCCCCAGUGACUCACAGUGUAACGAAUGCAGUAAAAAACUAUUCCUGCAAAUAAAGGGAAGACAGAGAAAGAAAGAGAGAGAGAGAGAGAGGACUGUACAGCCACUGCAACCCAAAAAUGAGUUCGAAAGCAGAGCCCAGUUGUACCCGCGCGGUCCUUAGCCCCUGAGCAUAUGGUUGGGGCUGGGGGCAGCUGGGGUUUGGACCCCGGGGGAUAGGGGCUGCUUCCAUUCAGACCAGGACUGGGCACGACUUGGCAAGGCUGCUGUGCCACUGCUCCUUCCAACUUCUGGUUUGGGGGUUUGGCUCCAGGACCUCCCCACCCACCCCACCCCUCAGCGGGCAUUCCCCCCAGCCUGCUGGCCUUGGCCGUGUUGGUCUGAGGGUGACCAGCCCAAGACCUUUCAGUGCAAUGGGCUUUCUCUGCUGACUCUGGAAGCCUUUUGUUAGUCAAACUCCUCCUGACUACAGAACAAUUCCUCUGUGUGUGUUUUGGUUUAUUUUUCUUUUCCUUUUUUUUUUUUUUUAAAGAAGCUGAAGGUAUUUAAUUGCUCCACAGAGGUGGCUAGAAGCAGUCGUGCAUUAUUUUCUGUUAUUGUGUUGUUUAACUGAACUGGUUUUCACGAUGGACUUUUUUGUUUUCCCAGAAGAAAGCAACUCAGCCCGUCCAGUGAGACAGUGCAUGGUGCUUAUCUCCAAGGGAGGAGAAUGCUUGGAAAGGGGGUUUCUCUUCCUGGCUCCUUCCCCGCCGGAGCCGGGUGGGCGGCAGCCUGUGGGAAUGGCCGGAGAGGCCCUGCAGAGCUUGGCUGGCUUCAGGCGGAUGGAGCCAGGAGGGGAGAGGCUGAGGGAGAGAGAGCUCCCUGCUUGCAGACUGGAGCACGGGGACACCUCCCUGGUGGGACUCCCUUGGACAUGGGGCUGGCUGGGCUUCCAGGCCUCGAGCCCCAAACUGUCAGAGGUGCAGGAGCGAGCCUGGGGCUGGCUCCCUCUCUCCCUUAGGCCCCACAGUCCUGGCUGGCUGGUGGGUGAAGGGGGAGCUCCCCCGAACCAACCCUGACUCCCUGGAGGUGGGAACCAAGGGUCGUGAGGAUGGAAACUAGUCUCGCUCUGGCCUCUGAAAGCCCCAAUCCAUUUAAGUUCUGGGCUCUUCUUCACUCCAGCUUUGGAGGACAAGGGGUAGGGAAAAGACCUCUGCAAGAUUUAUCUCCAACCUGGAGUCCCAGAAUCUUCUCCCUGGCCUGCUGCCACUCAUCAUCACCUUCAUCAUCAUCAUCAUCAUCAUCACCCACAACAGUAUUUAUUUGAGCCUACUGUGUGCAUGGCACUGUUCUGGGCCCUUGGGGAUUUACUGAAGUAGCAUAAAACAAGGUCCCUGCCCUUGAGGAGUUUACAGUCUCAUGGGGAAGACAAACAGAUAUAAAUGGAUGACGGUUCAAUAGUUAAAAGAGCGUGAGAAUAGAUAUAAAUAAUAAAUAUAAGCUCUCCACUCCCCCACCCCUCCCCAUCCCAGGCAGCCCUUGGACAUUCUUCCUGGGACCCUGUCUGUCUCUGACCCCCCACCUCCCCACCCCGGUUUGAUCUUGUCUUCCUGUGGGCCCCCCGGCUCUCUGGCUUGUUAAAAGCUGAAAAAUAAACUUCCCGACAUCUGUCUCUUUCAUUUUGCAAACAGUAAAUUCCUCCUCCUCCUUCCCCUCCUCCUUCUCCCAGUACUUCCAUGACACACUUUCUCCUUACUUCUCCCUCUUUCCUCCUUCCCCAUCCCUCCUCUUCUCUCCCAAUUUCUGUCUCCCACUUUCUCUUUUCUCUCCUCCUCUGUUACACACACAUAUGCACAUGCACCAUUGGAGCUGGGCCGUGUUUAUCGGUGCCCAGCUCUGGUGAUCCUUUGGGACCUCCGCCCGUGCCCCUGGGAGCCCAUUCCCUUCCCCAGGGACUAGCUGCUGAUAGGGGUUUUGGUCCUAGCAGAGAACUAGGCCAUUCUAGGCAACAGAGAUAGGAGAGGAAACUAUGGCGUGGAACGGGUUGCCAACACUCGAGAGAGGUGAAAAGCAACAGGGAAAGGGCGAGUGGGAGAGGGUGACUCAGAAUUUCCCCCAAGCCAGAAUAGGGAGAAGCCCUUGCUCAGGCUCAGAUCCCAGGAACCCUCCUCACCUAUCUGCACCAGAGACCAGGGAGAGAUGUCAACCAAGGCAGUAGAGAUUGCGGCUGGGCUGGAACUUGGUCUUUCCUCCCCGGUCUCACAAAGAACUCCUCCCCGCCGCCCCUCCGAACUCUGCUAUUGGAGUUACCAUUCCUCAACCCAGCAGUGGGGCUAGCUGGGCCCAGGAGUCACUGGCCUACUGGGGACCACUGCCCAAAUUCCCAACCCGAAAGCUGGUUUGAGAGAAUUUCCUCACCAGGCACCUCCUGUGGGGAUUUUUUGUAAAGGCACAAGUUCCUGGCCCUUCUGGGUCUGGCCGGGCAUUAUGUGCUAUGGGGCCAAUUCUCAGCUUCCUGGUCAACCCUGGCUCAGAGGAGCCCCAGUUAGCAAGGGAAGUUUUGGAAGCCAAUCGAGGGGUGCGGAGUGCUGCGGAAUAGCCCCAGUGCAAACUGGACCUAGCGGCCACUGUAAAUGUAGCCAAGGGCCAAGCGGCCCCUAGCCGGGGUCAGCUUGUGUCCCCUUCCCCCAGAGGAGCAAGGGGCUAGGGUUUUUGGCUAGAGCUCUGCAGUUGAAUUAGAGCCAAUUAGAGGUUUUGAUAAGCUCUCUUUUCACCUCAGGAUGGACAAGGGGAUUCUGAGAAAGUGAACCUGUGGGAACAUCCCAUUUCCGUCUCCUCACCACCCAUCUGGAUUGAUUUCUCAUCUCCAUUCCCCAAUCCAACUGCCUCCCUCCUGAAUCUUGCCUUGAGGAUCUAUGCCUUUGGCUGUUCUCCCCCCUCAGGUAGGUUGCUGAGCUGAAGCAAGAGCUUCCUGUAGGGGGUCAAGGAUUGAGCCAGAUCAAGAUGGGGUCUGAUAUUCUGAGAUUUAGUUUUGACUUCUUGCUCGGGUGGUGGAUGAAGGCUCUCCUGACUCUGCAGGAAGCUCACUGUAUUGCCUUUUCAAGUGCCUCUCGGGUCUCUGGACUGCUGUGCAGCCACCUCUGGGGUGGAACCCAACUAGCGGGGUUACCCAGGAAAAUUGCAAAGGGAGGCAGCUCAGAGGCCCUGGUCCCUGGUUGAGGGGUUGUGGUGGAGAAUCUGUGGGAAAGAGCAGCAGAGGUCCUGUCUUUUUACCCCUCCAGCCUCUUCCCCCACUCCCCCGGGCCUCAGCUCCUCCAUCAUGGGCUGGCCAGUCCUUCUGAAGCUUGACCCCCGGAGAUAUAGGCCCCACACCCUGCCCCCGGCAGCUGGAGUCAUUGACACUCCUUAGCAAGCAGGAAGAGCAGUGGCUCAGAAAGGCCCCUUUCAGCCUGCCUGCAUGGGGGGGGCUGGGCGGAGAGAGUUGAAGAGUUGAAGGAGUGGCCCUUCACCCCCCCCCCCCCCCCCCGCCCCAGAGGAGAUUAGGAAUUUAGAGUCUCGGCGUCCCAGGGCAAAGCCGUCCUGUUGCUAGCCUCUUCUCUUAACUGGUAGCCCAAGCCAGCUUCGGGUUCGGGGAUCUAAAGGGCAAGGAGCAACCCGGAAGGCUUCCGGGGUGGCGGGGUGGACUACUCCUUAGGCCUGGGGGACCAGACAGUGACUGCAGAGUCCCCCGUGCAAAACGUGGGAGUUUCCUCCUCGAUGCUCACCUCGUCUCCUUUUCCUCUCUCCGCCUCCCACCCCUCUACCUUUGGGGAGCCUGUGGCCCCGGGCCAGAAUUUUGUAGCUCAAUUUGUCAUUUUUCUUAAGAAAAUCCAAAAGUUAAAAACUAGCAGAGUUUAUAACUAUUUUAUAUUAGUUUCUAAUGGAAAAGGCGACUUUGUUAGCGUGGGGCCCUCGGCCAGCCAGGACUUUUGUAAUUCUUUUGUGACUCACUAAAACGUGUUUCCUCUCCCCCUGUGUAAUCUAAGUGCAUUAAACGUAUUUGCAGAA